AACCUUCUACCAACUGUCAGAAAAAGUCUGCAAAGCAAAUGAGCUGAAAGGGAACAGAGCCUUCUCUAGUCCUGUGGUGGAGAAGCAGUCUACCCCCCCGGACCAGCGGGACCCCACUCAGCCCUCCACCCCCUCUACCCCCCCGGACCAGCGGGACCCCACUCAGCCCUCCACAGACAAGCCGCAGCACGUAGUCAGUAGGCAUAUAUGUCCUGUGUGUUCGUACCAAGCCCAGUGUCAGAGGAACCUCAACCAUCACCUAGCCUCACACACAGCUGAGACACACACCACCGGCUUCAACUACUACUACAGGUGUCACGUGUGCGGGUUUGAGCUGGAGGGGCGGAGCCUGUUCCUUGGUCACAUGACGGAGCACAGCGAAUGGGAGCGUGACGCUUUCACUCUCCGCUGCAGUGUGUGUGACCACUCCACCAGUGAGGAGCGAGCGAUGAGGGCUCACACCAGCUCUCACACACAUACACCUGGAGAGGCGGGGAGCGGGGACUAUCUACAGACACACCUGUUGGGAGGCCACACCCCCAAAGACUUACCUGACGGAAGAGAUGGCCCACAAUCUGGAGAGCUCAGGUGCCCUCUCUGUGCGUUCUCCACCAGUCGGCCUGUCUCCAUGGUAACACACAUGCGCUCGUCGCACUCGACGACCGGAUCAGCACCGCUGCCGCAUCUGCCAAAGGUCGUUUCUGGGGCAACCGGAGCUCCAGACCCACGUCAGGUGUCAUCGUCAGGGCAACCAGUACCGCUGCGAGAG